GUUGUUCUGAACUGAAGUCGAAAACUUGAAAGCACCGCAGCUGAAAGCCGCUGGCCGCCUCGGUGGUCAGCGACCGCGCCGCUGCCCCCAAAUCUCCAAUGCAGUUCGAACCGCCGCCGUCCACCCGGCUCGCCCCCACCUUCCACGCCCUCCCCGACGCUGACACGAGGCAGCUCCUCGGUGAGCUCCUGCCGCGGCGAGCGGCCACCGGCCGCCACGUCCAGCAGGCUCACGCCCGCCUCGCCGUCCUCGGCCUCGCCACCGCGAGCGUCCUCCCGCACCUCCUCGCCGCCCUCCCCCGCCUCCCGCACCCCCCGCCGCCCGACGAGGCCUCCUCCUCCUCCUACCCGCUAUCCCUGUUCCGCCACUCCGCCUCCGCCUCCGCCUUCGCGUCCAACCACCUCCUCCGCGUGCUCCCGCACCCGCUCCCGCUCCGCCUCUUCCCCAACCUCCCGCGCCGCAACCUCCACUCCUUCACCUUCCUCCUCGCCUCCAUCUCCAACCACCUCGACGCCACCGAUCAUCGCGCCUCCUCCUUCCUGGGCUCCCACGUGCACGCGCUUGCCGUGAAGGCGGGCGCGGCCGGCGACCUCUACGUGCGGAACGCGCUGACACACUUCUACGGCGUCUGUGGCGACGUGGGGGCCAUGCGGACGGUGUUCGACGAGCUGCCGCGCGUGCGUGACGUGGUGACCUGGAAUGCGGUGCUUGCUGGGUACGUCCGAGCGGGCAUGGUGAGGGCUGCACGCGAGGUGUUUGAGGAAAUGCCGGUCAGGGAUGAAGUUUCUUGGAGCACACUGGUGGGCGGAUAUGUCAAGGAAGGGGAGCUCGACGUUGCCCUGGGGGUGUUUAGGGAUAUGGUGGAGAAGGGGGUGAGAGUGAAUGAGGCUGCGGUGGUGACAGCAUUGUCGGCGGCUGCACAGAUGGGAUUGCUUGAGCAUGGGAGAUUUGUGCAUGAGGUUGUCCAGAGGACCGGGAUGCCGGUGAGUGUGAAUGUAGGGGCUGCACUGGUGGAUAUGUUUUCCAAGUGCGGGUGUGUGGCAGUGGCGAGGGAAGUUUUCGAUGGGAUGCCGAGGAGGGAUGUUUUUGCAUGGAAUGCCAUGAUCUGUGGGCUUGCUUCUCAUGGAUUGGGACAGGAUGCAGUGGAACUCUUUUGGAGGUUUCUCGACGAGGGUUUGUGGCCAACAGACAUUACGUUUGUUGGUGUGCUGAAUGCCUGCAGCCGAUGUGGCCUUGUUGCUGAGGGGCGGCGGUAUUUUAAAUUGAUGGUGGACAAAUAUCGCAUUGAGCCAGAGAUGGAGCAUUAUGGCUGCAUGGUUGAUCUUCUUGGUCGGGCCGGUCUUGUUUCAGAAGCCAUUGAAUUGAUUGAAGGCAUGCACAUCGCACCUGACCCUGUUCUUUGGGGCACAGUCCUCUCCGCUUGCAAGACACAUAACCUGGUGGACUUGGGGAUCACGGUUGGUAACAAGCUAAUUGAACUGGAGCCAGCUCAUGAUGGCCACUAUGUCCUCCUCGCAAGUAUAUAUGCCAAGGCAAAGAAAUGGGACGAAGUCAGGGAAGUCAGGAAAUUGAUGUCUAGUCGGGGUACUGGCAAGUCAGCUGGUUGGAGCUUGAUGGAGGCACAAGGGAACCUGCAUAAAUUUCUAGUCGGAGAUAUGGAUCACAAGGAUUCUGUUCAGAUAUAUAACAUGCUUGACAUGAUAAACAGAAGGUUGGCAGAUGCAGGGUAUGUACCAGACGUGUCAUCUGUAUUGCAUGACAUUGGGGAUGAGGAGAAGGUGCAUGCAAUCAAGGUGCAUAGUGAGCGGCUGGCAAUUGCUUAUGGGUUCAUUGUUACGGAAGUUGGCAGCCCAAUCCGCAUUGUUAAGAACCUCCAAGUGUGUGGGGAUUGUCAUGAAUUCAGUAAGAUGGUGACAAAGGUUUUCAAUAGGGAGAUUAUUGUGAGAGAUGGUAGUAGGUUCCAUCAUAUGAAAGAAGGGAAAUGUUCUUGCCUUGACUAUUGGUAGUUAUCGGCUGAUCAGUUUCUUAUCAACGGAACGCAUUGAAUUUAGCGCAUCAUUCUCUGAAAUCAAAUAGUUGGGUCUGUAAACAAUGGCCUGGUUUCCAGCAAGUCCAAUUCAUAUGACAUUGGUGGCCUCCUUCUGCUCAAGUCUUCGACUGGCGGCUUCAGUCCUACGGAUGAUAUUUUUUAACACAAUCUCUUAAGCAAGAGGUACCUUCAGCUCAAGGUAUAGAAAAAGGCUCAAUUCUUCAUGGUGUGGUGCUAAUGAUAUAUUUUAAUCUAAUAGGAUAUCUAGCGAAGGACAAGUAGCAAACUUCUUGAUCUAGAGAUAGAACAUAACCCCCAAAAGCUGACCUGGAUGGUCCUCCUUCGACCUUACCGAUUCUUUUGAGAAAUUAAAGUAUUUCUGCCAUAUAUUUGGAGUACUGGGUCUUCACGGCACCAUAAUAUGGUCAAUUUUUUCUGAUAUUGUUUCCUCCUCAGACUAUGAUUAUUACCUCCUGUGACUAUGCACUUUGAAUUUUAAAGAAUAAGUCAUUCCAUGCGCAAAGGCAGGACCACAGGACACAGGCAAGGCAAAACACUGGCAGAAAUGAGCUAUAUGCAACAGGCAAGAAACUUAAGACAGCGCAAUUUAAUAUGUUCCUUUUGUUGUAAGAGUCCUUUCAAUUAUUAUCUUAUAUACUGAAAAAAUGGAUGAAAGAACUUCGAGAGGUAAAUAGAUCACUGCUCACAAACUCAACAGCAUACCUGCUGUAAUACAGUCAAAUUGUAUUUACUCUGACAAUUUUGAAAUAAAUUUAUAAAUUGAUGUUUUCAGAACAUUGUUCACAACAUGCGUCCAUCCGGUUGCAAUAUCCUUGUUCAGCUGUAAGCUGUAACUGUGUAGAGUGGGUUUCUCUAAACUUGAUGCAGCUGGACAUGUUUAAUUAUGCACAGAAAAUUCUAUAUAUUCAGUUUCUGCUUUGAGUUUCAUUGGUCUAUCUCCAGGACGGGGCAUGGAACUACAAUGUUUACUUGUGAUGGCAGGCCAAUGAUGAUCCACACAAUGAAAUCAGAGAUAGAUAUGUGUUGCAGGAAAGAGAUGUUCGAAGUCUGGGAAGAGAAAAAAAAUGAUUAAAUAAGUUUUGGGGCAUCCAUUGAUUGUUUAAAAUUAAAUUUGAGGCCUGAUGUACCUAAAGGAGGAUAUUUCAUUUGUGGUUAGAACAAUAUUGUUUGGUCAAGCAACCAAGUGACUCUCCUAGUAGGUAGCCAACAAAAAAAAGUUAUUCAACCAAAUAGGAUUGUCAUACUCUACCACAUUUGCUAAACUUAGCCUCACAGCCUCUCAAAGAUCAAUGUGUAUAACUUGAACUUGUGUGGCCCAUUAGUUGUUGAUAACCAGCAUUGCAUGCUUUGCCACAUAAUUUUCAUAGCUUAACUAUUGUGUAAAUCUAAAAGUAGUUUUUGUCGA